CAACGCUACACGACUUCCAAAAGCAGUUCUUUCGCCGUCUUCGUGGCUUGGGCGCAUAAUUUCAUCGUGUAAACAAAAUAUUUAUAAAAACUACAACAUCUUCCACACGCUAUGGGAAACACAAGAAUGUGCCUUACCCCUACCAGUAGUGCGUCCUGUUCGUCGUCUUCACUUCGCUGUCGUUCUUCUAUUGUUUCGAAAGGGACGAAACGCACUAGCCCCUUUCGGCGGCCCCGGCUGGUCCUGCUCUCGACGCUUCUAGCAACGGUGGGUGUUCCUGUUCUGCUUUGCCUGUGCGACCUACUUCUUCUCCGCGGACGAUGGGCCACUUCAUCCUCGGGUCUACUAGCAGCGCCUUUUUCAUCUGAUCAGAGUAAACUCUUCGACUUUGUUCAUGCCGAAGAUGGUGCAAGAUCGCGAGCGAAACCACGCUGGAGAAGAAGAACCUACACCAGAAGACCACCAGCAUCGGGAUCGGCGAGAAAUUUGGUCGUACCAAAAGCUCUGCUGGGGGGCAGGUGGAGUUCGAAAGUUGCUUCCAGAGGCCAACCCGUCGUGAUCGAAAAUGAUAGUACCAACGACAGCCGCGUAGUCGGAGCUGCUCCUGCCGUUGCUGGUGCAAAAAAACACGGGGGCGCUCCGACCACGCAACCGCCCAGAACCGUUUUCGUUGAUAGUGAAGAACUACGCACAGAAACUUCUACAGACAAACCCUCCAGCACUCGGAGUGAUCAACCACCUGCACGACCGCAGCGCCAUCUCACCGCCACUCACAACUACGUCCCGCCACUCCACACGAAAGGCCGGUGGAUCUACGAUAAGAAAAAUACCCCGGUGCUACUAAGAGGUGCGAAUUGGGCUCUGCAUGGGAAGCUCGGGACGGAACCGUUUUUCGCCGACAUCGCGAUCGACGACGUUUUGAAUCAAUUCAUCAACUGGGACCUGAAUCACAUCAGGUUAAACUAUUCUCUCGACCAGAUUUUUGGGUUCUGCGAAAAUCUGAAAAUCUGCCAAAGUGAAGCGGAGUUGCGAACCGCGCUGAAGGCGAAUCCGGAGUUGUUUGACAAGUGUAAUCCGUUUUCAUCGAGUGCAUCUGGUGGUAGUGGAACGAGGACAGUCGCAUUUUCAUCGACGAUCGGAAAAGCUGCUUCUGUAUUCUCGCCGAAGGAAGACGUCGGUAACACGAUUGGCUUCACGACUCUCUACUCGGAGAAACAACGCGAACUUCCACUGUGCCUGCUAGAUGCGGUCGUGGAAAAAAUCACGGAGAAAAAACUUUUCGUCAUCCUAAACAACCACAUGUCUGACGCCGGAUGGUGUUGCAGCUACACUGAUGGUAUGCACAGUAAAUCCCCCGUGCACGACGACGUACAGAUCUUGCGAUUUCUGCAUGACAAACCUCGCCUUCGAUCCUAGUUAGCAUGACAGACAAGCGCUACGCGCUAAGUUAGAGAAAUUUGUGAUGCAUUUUGUUCGUCGUGUAGGGGAAUUUGUAUUGCAUAGAUGGCAAUGAGUACUGGUUUACGGACAGGUACCCCACGGGGAAGUUUCUGGAUCACGUUUCUUUCCUCGCAAGUCGCUACCGGUACAACAAGUAUGUUGUCGGCAUCGACCUUCGAAACGAGGUGCGGCCGAAACUGGUGGAAGAGGGAAAAUAUGCAUAUGCAAAAGCAUUGCACUCUUACAAAUUGCAGGUAUACAUGAGAAAUCAGCUAUCUUACCUGAAUCUGCAUGACAAAUUUCUGUUUUCUUCUUGAGAAAAUUUGUGAUGCAAUUCACACUACGACUACGUACGAUGCUUUUGCAAUGCAUAGAAAAUCCAUGGGCAGAUCUUUCUUCGAGACCGCGGUGCGCGGUGCCAUCGCGCCAUUUUGGAAUUCGAAGCCAAGGCAAGUGGAGGAAAUCGAGGAGACGCGGUUUGUGGCCGAUGUAUGCAUUGCAAAAGUAACGUACUAGUAUAAAUUGCAUUACAAAUUUUGGCAAGAAGAAAAAUGGAAUUUGUAAUGCUGUUAUACCUUAGGAGAAAGAUUUGUCAUGCAUAUUUGCAAUUAGUACGAGUACGAUACUUUUGCACAGGAUUCGAUGCGUUGGAGUACAAUGAAACGACAGGGGAACCGGUGGUGACGAAAACGUUUAAGAGGAAACAGUUCAAGGUAUGACGCGGAAAGGAAUUUGAACGUUCACCGUGUGGAGCAAGCGAUCAUGCUAUUUUUGCACGGCAAGCUUCUGCCCUGUGCGGCCCAAGUGCCAGAUUCAGUAUGACCUCCGAUAGCGACGUUCGCUAGUGGGAGGAAUAGAAAAUCAAUUGAAAAAAUGUAAAAAUCGCUCUACUUUUAGUACGGAAACCACGGAUCAGGAUGAUGAUCUUUUCCACGUGCAUAAAGCGAGCCACACUACAACAGCAAAGACUUAGAUUGGGCGCCGAUCGCGGAGGCCUCUGCCCUCCGGAUGCAGACCAUCGCGCCUCACAUGCUGGUGAUCGUCGGCGGCGUUUUCCAGCAACUACGGUUUCCCAAAAAGUCUGUGCAGUUUUACAACCUCCACGGCCGCUUUCCGGGCAAAAUCGUCUACUCCGUCCACGAUUACGAUUUUGUCAGGUACCCCUACACGUUUGACCGGGAAUUACUGGUGGAGGAGGCCCAGCACGUGAAGGAGGAAGUGGAAAAGGGACUGCACAACGUGGAAGAAAGGGCGAUCUCUGCGAUCGAACGGGCGGGACGAGUGGGGAAUGCGAUGGCGAGGAAGGGGGACGAGCUACCGGUCUCGUGUUUCGAAAGCUUGUUUGCGUUUGGGGCGAUUAUGGGUAGUGGUGGAAACGGAAACGCGACCGCUGGCGAUUCUUCUUCCGGGCGAGCACGGAGCAACCGGGGCAGAGAGACCAGAUCAAGAUCGGUUUCGUCGUCGAUUAUACCAGCUAACUACGUAGUGCCGCGCGGAGGUCGCGUUCUUGGUGUUGCAGCUGCAAGUCCUGGGUCGGUUGAUGCAGGAACGCUGUUUCUGGACUCCACUAGAAGCCGCUCUACGCCCGCUGCAACGCGGGGUGGAGGAGCAGAUAACGUCGGAUCAUGGGAUGCAGAAAACGUCUCGAUGACGACGCCGACAUCGGAUCGUGGGAUGAUGAAAAGCACAGCAAAUUCAAAUAUUAACGGCGCAUCAAUCACCUCACAAGACCCAACCGCGAUGUUCAUUCCGCAGGCUACAAUACCUGCGUCAUCGGCUUUAUUCCUGGACGAUAAACAGCCGCGAUCACAACUGCGAGUUGGAAUUGCGUCGGAGAGAAGCGAUAGGAACCCAAUUGCGGGUGGGGCCAGCUCGCCCGACGGCGACGGACCACAAGCCGAGGACCUGUUUCCGCCACAUGACCCACCUGCUGCUGUAGAAGAGGGAGCGGCCGCUACAGCUACCACAGAUGAAGUCCACCACAUCCCACAAGGGGCAGGAAGUACUCUGCUCAACUACAUUCCCACGUACCAGGAAUGGAAAAAGAACAGCGAGCAGAUGUGGGGGUUUUUAACCGGGGAGGAUGUAAACGUUCCUGUGUGGAUCGGUGAAUUUGGAUUCGAUUUGGAGAAGCAUUAUUCCGACAAAACCGAUUCCGUGUUUUUCCUCUAUCUACAGCGCUACAUCGCGGAAAAGCGGUUGAGCUACUGCUGGUGGCAGACUGCGGGGAAGCGGGAGAAGGAGUUUCUACCGUAUCAGCCGCUAGAAGGGCGGAUGCGGAGCAAGGAGGGUGGUGGGACAACGUGGGUCGCGAAGUAUGGUAGGAAUGGAAACUUUGACAAAUUGGAGUUCAUCAACGAGGGCUUUGCGCUGUUUCGACAACAUAAUGAAGAUGAUGCAGCAGGUGAGCUGCAUCAUCAAAACGAACCUUCUGUGAGAACAACUCCAGCGCCGCCUACCAUCGCAACCGGCGCGGACCAUAUGUUCGGCAGGUUAAAUGAAAUUCUACCCGUGAAGUUGUUCGAAGAAUCCGUGCGCCGAAAGGUGGAUGAGAAAGCCUGGCUUGCGGAGUACUUGAAUCGCAUCGAGUCUGUGCCUAGUACUUCCGGCGGUAGGUCAGCAGCUGGCGAUAGUGCAAGAAUUGGGUUGCUUCGGAGUACGAAUACGAAUGGAACGAGUGUGACUUCUUCACAAAGUGCGCGCAAUCCCACCUAUAGUAGCAGGGAAGCGGUCACAAAAUUCGCUGAGAACGACCAAGAAAUCCUGAUCCAGCAUAGAGAUGACUUUGGAAGCUGGAAGACGAUAAGGAACGACGACGCCGAUUUGAAUAACAGUAAACCCCAGCAGGACUCACAGUCGGAGCAAAGAAAUCUUCCUCUCGUCCCGGCGUACCAUCGGAAUGUGGAGCAGAUCAGAGCGCUGCACGUGGAAAACACGGUCUCAAGCACCUGUCAUCAGUUUUUCCGACUGCCCCCGGCGCUGUCGCUGCUAGAUCGGAACAGCGACGCUUUCGAGAACGACAAGCCGGAUGUUUUGGUGGUGGAAAAGCAUAAAGAAGCAGGUGGAACAGAGCACUGGUAUAACGAGGACCUGCAUUUGGGGCUGUGAAAAGAAGAUGCGGAGGGGCUUGUCGGAAGCAAAGUUGCGAUUGGCUGAGUGGACGCCGUUUUCACAAGUGGCGUUCUUGCAGCGGUGAUAUCUUCGUACGGGAAACGAGUAGAUCUUCAACAGUGUGUACUAAAGAGGAAUCCGGGCGUGGUACGGUAAGCGCCAGUGCGGGUUUAAAAAAGCUGCGUAAACUAAAUUACUGCGUCCGAAGAAACAAGUGUA